UACGUCUUUCCCGGAAGUAACCCAUCGCAACACGGAAGUGUAGGAAAGAAAACAAAUAAUCGUUCAAAUUUGUGUUGAGUUGAAGCCGGAGAAGACGCCCUAAACACCGCUUAUCUUCUGGAUUACCGUCUUUUUUUUACUCCAAGCUUGUGACACGAUGGAAUUCCUGUUUGGGAAGAGGAAGACUCCGGAGGAGAUGCUGAGGCAGAAUCAGAGGGCGCUCAACCGAGCCAUGAGAGACCUGGACCGAGAGCGAAUGAAACUGGAGCAGCAGGAGAAAAAGAUCAUUGCUGACAUAAAGAAAAUGGCCAAACAGGGACAAAUGGACGCCGUCAAGAUCAUGGCCAAGGAUUUGGUGCGCACACGGCGCUACGUCAAGAAGUUCAUCAUGAUGAAAGCCAACAUUCAGGCCGUCAGCCUAAAGAUACAGACGCUCAAGUCCAACAACAGCAUGGCACAGGCAAUGAAAGGUGUCACCAAAGCCAUGGCCACCAUGAACAGACAGCUGAAACUGCCUCAGAUUCAGAAAAUCAUGAUGGACUUUGAGCGACAGAGUGAAAUCAUGGACAUGAAAGAGGAGAUGAUGAAUGACGCUAUCGAUGAUGCCAUGGGUGAUGAGGAUGAUGAAGAUGAGAGCGACGCCAUCGUGUCCCAAGUGCUGGACGAGUUGGGUCUCAAUCUGUCCGAUGAACUGUCAAAUCUUCCAAGCACCGGAGGAAGCUUGUCGGUGGCUGGGAAGAAGGCCGAGCCUCAACCCGCCCUGGCCGACGCAGACGCCGAUCUGGAGGAGCGACUGAAUAACCUCCGGAGAGAUUGAACACAUUGUUACUGUCAGACAAGCGCACUGUGGCGAGGUUAAUACAAACAUACUCGAAUCUCUGUGUUUAGAUUCUUUUGAAGGUAUAACUGGCAGAACACCGGCUGUUUCAGUAAACGGCCUGUGUUUAUAAAGGUAUAUGGCUUUCUGUUUGAGGUGUUCUUAUUUUAUGAGUGUAUUAUGUAUUUUAUCAACAAAAAAAAAAAAAGGAUUAUUCUCUGUAGGUCUAGAAAACGAUUUGUCUCAUUUAAGACAUUGCCAAAUGACAAAUUCUCUGAAAAGUGAAAAUUUAUUUCACUGUCUGUACAAAUACUUACUCCUCCAAGGAAUGUUUUCACACUUUAAAUUAACACUAAAAACGAAGAAGCCAAAUGAACGAUUGCAACAUGGGAGAAGUGGAUAUUUUAGAUGUGUGACGCAUACAAAUGUCAGCACUUUUUGUACAUCAGGUUGGUUUGGCGUUCUUUGUAUCCACAUUUAUCAUAUAAAUAUACCGUUUUAGCCCUGGUGUAAGGUUUUUGAAGACUUUUGCUUAUGUUUAUUUGUGGGCCGUCAAGUUUUAGCUGACGAUGGUGUACAAAAAGUGUGUUAUCUCAACAUCUUUUGUGUCUAAAUUCACUAAUAGGACGGUUUAUAUUAGAAAAAUAUAUAAUGGAGGGGAUGAAAGACAAAGAAAGAAAGGUAUGCUCAGCUGACUAAGUGGAAAAAGCACUCCUGUGUACUUCCUGGCGACCAUUAGUCAGUGGUGUUUUUGAGAUAAACAGGAUUUUCACCAAAACGUGAAUAUGGGUGGUGUUUAUUUUUGAGAUAAUGUCCUGUUUUGCUUUUCUUUAUUCAAUAAACAUUUUUUCAAGAUUUAA